UUAAUUAAUUCAAAAGUCAUUAAAAUAUUCAAGUAAUUUUUUAUUUUUAUUUUUUUUGAUAAAUAAGAUCAAGAUAUUCAAAUAAUAACAUUUAAUUUAUUGAAUUGGUUAAAAAUAGGAAUUUAUUAAAAUCAAGAUGACUUAUUAAUACAGGAUUAGCAUUAACCAUAUAUAAAAUAGCAUAUCUUUUGAUUGGGAUAUCACAACCCACCAUUUCUUUCACUAAUUUUAUUAUUAUACCAGUCCAACCACCAAUUCCACCAAAAUACUAUAAAAGCCCAAAAGUCUUAAAAUGUUACACCAUCCACCAGUCUAUGCAUAACUGAAGUACUUAACUAACUUCCCUACCAUCAAAACUUUCAGCCAACAGAAGCAUCACAUAGCCAUUUAUCCCACACCCUCUAUGGUCAUCUCAUCCCACUCACCGAGUUCGCAAAACGACUCAUCCUCACCUAUGACUUCUCUGUUACCUUCAUCAUUCCUAACUUUGGGUAUCCUAUGAAAGCCCAAAAGUCUUUUCUCGACUCGCUAACCGAAACCAUUAAUGUGGUUUAUCUUCCUCCGGUCAGUUUUGAUACCUCCCUAGUGAUGUCGGGCCUAAAAUUCAUGUCCCUGUCAGCAUGACUCGUGUCCCAGCUCUCCGUGACUCGCUCAAGGUCUUAACUGAGUCGAAUCACCUUGUAGCUUUGGUGGUUGAUGUCGUCGGCACUGACGCCUUUGACGUGGCAAAAGUAUUCUGUCUUUUAAGAUACAUUUUCAUCCCUUUAUGUGCAAAGCCUUUGUCUCUUUUUUUGCAUUUAUCUAAGCUUGACGAAACAGGUAUUAGUAACUAUAGGGAUCUACCUGAACCGGUCAAAAUACCUGGGUGCGUCCCUAUUAAGGGAACAGAGUUACUAGAGACAUUUCAGAAUAGAAACAGUGAAUCCUACAAGUUGGCUCUUUACCAUACCAAACGGUACAACGUGGCUGAUGGGGUUAUCAUCAUUAGUUUCAUAGACUUGGAAUCAAAAACUUUUAAGGUUCUGAUGAAGACAGGGUCGGGUAAAUCGCCAGUUUACCCGAUUGGACCAUUGUUACAAACUGGUCCGAUAAGUGGGGGUGGUAGUGGGUAUGAGUGCUUGAGGUGGCUGGAUGAGCAGCCACGCGGCUCAGUCCUAUUUGUGUCCUUUGGGAGCAGUGGGACCCUUACCCAUGAGCAAUUAACUGAACUAGCCUUGGGUUUGGAGAUGAGUGAGCAGAGAUUCAUUUGGGUUGUUAGGAGCCCAGCUAAGAAUGCUGCAAAUGCUGUUUACUACAAUGCGCAAAGUAGUAAGGAGGAUGACCCUAAUAAUUUCCUACCCAAGGGGUUCUUGGAGAGGACAAGAGGAGUGGGUCUAUUGGUGCGGUCAUGGGCUCCUCAGAUUCAAAUCAUGAGCCACAGCUCAACUGGGGGAUUCCUCACCCAUUGGAGGUGGAACUCAAUAUUAGAGAGCAUUCAUGGAGUGCCCCUAAUUGCUUGGCCACUCUUUACAGAGCAAGAAAUGCAUACAGUAAUGCUAACCCAAGAAUUCGAAGUCGCAUUUAGACCAAAGAAGAAUGAAAAUGGCAUUGUUUGCCAUGAAGAAAUCACCAAACAUGUGAGGUAUCUUAUUGUAGGGGAGGAAGGGAAACUAGUUCGCCACAGGGCAAAGGAGCUGAAAGAUGCUGCUGCCAUGGCCACAAGUCAACAUUGAUCAUCUACCAUGUCACUUGCACAGGUGAACCAUAUUUGGAAAAACCAUAAAACUACACCGUCUUCUUAGGGAUGGCGUACCAAUUCAUUGAAACAUAAGGGCUUGGGCUUGGUAACUCGUGAUGGCGAGGCUCUUUCGCCAGAGAUCGAGUCCUCUGUGGUUGUCAUCUAUACUAUUAUAUAAAAUUUACACUUGAGUUGGUUUGGAUAUAUCAUUUUUUUUUUUCAUUUUUUUUAUUUCCGAAAAUGCCUAUAAAAGUAGUUACAUAAAAGCAAUGGCAGUUAUGCCAUAGACUCAGUUUUUUUUUUUUUUUUAAAAAAAAAAACA